AUGAUGCGUCGUUUGAAGAGCAUUGCUUCUGGCCGACCCUCCGUUUCAGAUCCUGGCGAGGAAUUAAUCACUUACAAGGCAAAAAUGGAUCAAGAACCGAAUCAAAGAGAAUUGCACGAGGUAGAGGUGGGGGAGAAAAAUUCAAGAGCUCCGAAGCAGUUUACCGAAUCUAACUGCUCACGAACCAUCGCAACCACAUCCUCCCAUGCUGUAAAUGGUAAAAAGCUCGAGAAGCCUGGCCACAAUGAGCCACCAAAAGAAAUGCACGAAACGAAAAUCAGAGAUGGUAAAAGUGACGAUCGAGAGGAGAAUGUCAAGGAUUUAGAACCUACUGUUGUCAGUGGCAAUGGAACAGAAACUGGUCAGAUAAUUGCUAUCUCAGUUGGUGGGAGAAAUGGAGAGCCGAAACAGACAUUGUCAUUUAUGGCGGAACGUGUUGUGGGCACUGGUUCAUUUGGAGUCGUGUAUCAGGCCAAGUGUCUAGAAACGAGCGAAUUUGUAGCCAUAAAGAAGGUGCUGCAGGAUAAGAGAUACAAAAACCGAGAGCUGCAGAUAAUGCGAUUGCUUGGUCAUCCAAAUGUCAUUCACUUGAAACAUUAUUUCUAUUCAACUACUGAAAAAAAUGAGGUGUACCUCAACCUUGUUCUAGAUUAUGUCUCUGAAACUGUUCAUCGGGCUUCGAGGCAUUACAUCCGGGUGAAUCAGUACAUGCCCUUUCUGUAUGUGCAGCUUUACACGUACCAGAUUUGCCGAGCGCUAAAUUACAUUCAUAGAGUUAUUGGGGUUUGUCAUCGUGACAUUAAGCCGCAAAAUUUAUUGGUUAACCCACACACCCACCAGCUUAAAAUUUGCGAUUUUGGGAGUGCAAAGAUGUUGGUACCGGGUGAACCAAAUAUAUCGUAUAUUUGCUCUCGGUAUUAUAGGGCUCCCGAGCUUAUAUUUGGAGCUACAGAGUACACAACUGCAAUCGACAUGUGGUCAGCUGGUUGUGUUAUGGCUGAGCUUCUCUUGGGUAAGCCUCUCUUUCCUGGGGAAAGCAGUGUUGAUCAGCUAGUUGAAAUAAUCAAGGUUUUGGGGACCCCAACUAGGGAAGAAAUCAAGUGCAUGAAUCCGAAUUACACCGAAUUUAAAUUUCCUCAGAUUAAAGCCAACCCGUGGCACAAGGUUUUUCAUAGGAGAAUACCACCUGAAGCAGUAGAUUUAGUGUCCAGGCUUCUCCAAUAUUCGCCUACUCUACGUUUCACUGCUUUGGAGGCUUGUGCACACCCAUUUUUCGAUGACUUGAGAGAGCCUAAUACAUGCUUACCUAAUGGCCGAAACCUUCCACCUAUCUUCGACUUCUCACCUGAAGAACUGGCUGAUGCACCUCCCGAGCUGCUACAACGCCUUGUCCCGCAACAUGCAAAGAAGUGA